AUGAGCGUCCCUACGCCCUUCCUCUCACAAAUUAAUUCCUGCUUAUCUAAUCAUAAAGCAUAUUGCAAUACAUACUGCUCCCCGAUCGCCCUCGCCACGGGCCUCUUCGCCACGGUCGCCCGCUUCUUCCUCGCGGGGCCCCUGGCGGACAGCUGGACCUACUGGCAGAACGGCUGCAUCGUCAACUGGUGGAAGGACCUCGUCUUCCUCAACAACUUUUUCAUGGAGGACGACAACCACCCCGAUGCAGCGGGCGACUGCAUAGGCCAAGCGUGGUACCUGGCCGUGGACACGCAGCUGUACCUGGUCGCGCCGCUGAUCAUUCUCCCGCUGCACUUCUUCGGGGCGGCAGGCUUGGUGUGGCUCUAUGUAGUGACCUUGGCUUCAGUCGUCAUCCCAGCUGCUGUGACCUAUGUUUAUGACCUCGCUCCGAACAUUCUGAUGGGGGAUACAAACGGCUUCGAGUUCUUCAAGAAAGUCUACGUGACCCCCUGGUGCCGCGCGGGUCCCUGGCUCGUGGGCGUCUGGCUCGGCUACGUCUUCCACAAGCAAGGCCAGAGGGAGGUCGUGCUCAAGAAGUGGCAGGUGGUGGCGGGCUGGACGACGUCGACGGUCGUGGCGCUCCUGCUGGUGCUGGGGAUGUGGAGCUACAACGUGGUGCCCCCGAAGGCGCAGUACGACAUCAUGACGCAGCUGACGUAUGCGGGGCUCAGCCGACCCGCCUGGGGCGCCGUGCUGGCCUGGAUCAUCUACGCCUGCCACUACGGCUACGGAGGUCCUGUCGACGGCUUCCUGUCCCAUCCCUCGUGGCAGCCCAUCAGCAGGGUCACCUACUCCACGUACCUGGUGGCGAUGCAGAUCCAGUUCCUCACGACCUACAACUCCAAGGCGCCCUUUUACUUCACGCCCCUCAAUGUGCUGAUGCAGACGGUGGCGGCGCUGGUGGCCUCGAGCCUGGUGGGCGUGGUGCUGUCCCUGGCGGCCGAGGCGCCCGUCAUCGGCCUCGAGAAGCUCCUCCUGCGGCGGCCAGGGCGCGGCGGCGGCGGCGGCCCCGAGGCCCCCGGGCGCGACAACGAGGCCUUCGAGAAGGGCAUGGAGGAACUCUCCCCCGGGGGGGCCCUCGAGAACGGCCCCGGCUCCCCCGAGGGCGACGCCGCGGGGCAGGAGACCGUCACCAAGUUCUGAUUCCUUUGAGGGCCUCCGAUCAAGGAUUCUCCUCCGCCACGCCCCUGGAAAGAGAACCUGAGGCGGCGUUCGCCAGCCUCUUCGGCCGCGAACGCCAGCGCAGUCCUAGCCUGGACCAGCGCCCAUAGAGGAAGAAACCCUUUCGCAUGUUCGCUUUACCUGCAGGCCUCUAAGAGCGCACCUUAUUCUAUUCAUAUAGAUUUACAUUACUUGCACAAUAAAUUUAGAUAAAAAGGAAACUGUAGAGAAAACAUGUGUUGAAGAAAUACACUAACUUUUACUUGUAAAUCCAGA